AUGGAAGAGUCCUCUGAGGUCAAUACCGACUUUUCAUCAAGCUCUCUGAAACGCCGACGAGAUGGAAGUUGGAGUAGUGCUCGUGUUGGAAGCAGCUCGAAUGUUAAUAGUGGAAACAAUGGAUUCCAUAUGUUCGUCCCUCCACAGCAACAAUCGCAACAGCAAGACCAUCAACUACACCAAAUCCAGCAACAGCAACAGCAGAAAAAAUUAUCUCAAACCAGAUUAUCCUCCCGAAAUGCAAGCUUUUCCCGAAAAUCAUCCGGUCAUCUUGAUAUGACAUCACCAACAUCCUCCGAUAACCUUUCGUCAGCUGUUAGUUUGUCAAAUUUAACGCCAACAAUUCCAAGAAACGGAUCCUUUAGUCCGAUGGCUGAUACUACUACACCACAGAUCCAGCGAAUAAUUCCUGCACAGGGUUCGGUCCGUGGUGGUAUAGAGGUAACUCUUUUGGGAUCUGGUUUUUAUAAUGGUCUUGUCACUAAGUUUGGCGACGUUAGUGCUAUGGCAACACAAUGCUGGAGCGAUUCAACCAUUGUGGCCCACCUCCCACCUGCUACAAUGCCAGGACCUGUGGUUGUCACAUUUGAAGGCAUUGCAAGAGUACAACCACAAGUGUUUACCUACAUUGAUGAUACGGACUCUCAGUUGAUUGAACUAGCUCUCCAAGUAGUUGGUUUGAAAAUGAAUGGUAAACUAGAAGAUGCCAAGAAUAUCGCCAUGAGAAUCGUCGGCAGUAGCAAUAAUAACAAUAGCGACACUGGAAUAAACGGUGGGUCUAGUCUCAAUAGCUCCACGAUGAAUUCAAACGCAGUGGACCAUGAAAAAAUUAUUUUGCGAUGCAUCGAUCUAAUCAAGAUGAAUACUGGUAAAAUCCCUGAUUGGCAGCUCAGGAAUAGCGAGGGCCAGACGAUGAUGCAUUUAGCAGCUUCCCUUGGAUUUUAUAAAGUAGUUUCCUCACUAAUUUCCCAAGGAGCUAGAACAGACUUACACGACGUCAAUGGAAUGACACCUUUGCAUUUCGCGGCGUUAAGGGGCCGCAGAUCAAUCGUUCGAAAACUAAUCCGAUGCCGUGCUGACCCCUUUAUCCGUGCUAUUAAUGGUCAGACCGUUAUUGAUAUGGCCGACGAUUCGGUGUCGGAUGAGCUUCCUAUCGGAUUGACCCAUCGUCAAUAUGCUCAGUUUAAUCACAAUCGUAGGACGAGUUCUACGAGCACAUUUGCCUCAUUCAGGAGCAAUACCAAUGCAAGAUACAGCAAUCUGUCGAGACAUGCAAGUAACAGCAGUAUGGCUUUAUACGGAGGUAGUGAUUAUGGACACAACGAACAGACCGAAGACGACAGAAGAGACCUGGAUGAAGAAUUUGAGGAUGAUGAUGAUAGCAGUGAAUAUGAUGAUGGAGACCUUCGUAUGGGAGACGUACGACAGGCAUUACUUCGCCAUCACAGAAGAACCUCGUCUGUUUCUAGUCACACUCAGAACAAGGAUGAUGACGAUGCUAAGAGUGUUGAUGACAGUAGUACUAUUGUUAAUGAACACCAUAACAGAGAGUUCUGGAAUAACCCCCGUCAUAGACUCAACAACACUGCAGAGAACAUCUCAUUAUACCUCCAACAGCUUACUGAGAGUGCUCGGAAUAAGAUGGUUCCCUGGGAUAGGCCCAAUUGGGAUGAAAUUGUUAAUUAUAUUUAUCGUCGGCCAGCUUCCACGCGUCCUCCUCGGUCUGCACCUCGCAGAGAAUAUAACUCGGCGACCAGUGAUAGUGAUGCUACAGUUUUUAACAACAGCAACACUAGACCUAAGAAUUCUUCAAAUGACCAGCAAAAGAAUUUGUUAAGAGUUUGGCAAUUCCUGACACAAAGCGCUGAGCAGAGUAGACGGCACCAAGAGCAACAGGAAGGUCAGAACCAAGCUGGUGUUUCGAAUUCUACUAAUCCUACUAUGGUGGGCCCUGCCCCACCCCCUAGUUAUGACGAGAUUUUCCCCGAGACGACUACAACGCCUAGCAACCAGGCUAACGGUGGGUUAGGAGAUACAGCCAGUGAUGAGAAGGCGUCACAGGCUGGCGAGGAAGACGAGAUUGAAGCUGUCGCAUUACCAGUGAAUGAGAUGUCUGAUGACUAUGAACAACAGUUUAUUAAGACAUGGGUCAAUAAUAAGAAAAAGCUACAAAAUGACCGUCGCUUGUUUUUCUUCUGGAUUCCAGUUUUGGUGAUUGCUGUUUCAUUGGUAAUUUUGCGAUUAUCAGGUGCUACACCUGAAGUUUACAACAGUUUGUUAUGGACAAACAAAUUUACAAAUAAUGCUGGUCUUCGAUCACAGAGAAAUAUGCCUUCCCUUGGAAGACCUCUGCCAGCAUCUUUAGCAUCUCCUACUGCGUUCUUGCAUCCUAAGUCGGAAGAACCUUUAGUUGAAAGAAAAUUGCUUCAGGCAAAGGCGCCUCAGUCAUGUGUGUCUGAUGUCUACGAUGAUGAUCACUGUCAUAGAGAAUUGUUCAUCUAG